AUGAUCAGUAAGGAUAUAUAUGAUGAUAUGCAUCGUAGUGAUUCAAUCAAUUCUGUUACCUUACAUUUAUCACCGCCAACUAUGACAUUUCCAGUAUCUCCCAGAUCAAACUCUCCAAUUAAUGAUGGAUCGUCGUUAACAUUUGAUGGACCAACAAUUACACUUCCGUCAGGCGAUAAGACGACGAUUAUCUGUGAGCCAACAGCUGGUGGUGAUGCUGAUAAUAAGCCAACUUUGAAAUUUGCACCAGUAAUCUGUGAACAAGGUCCAAGUGCACCAUCAUCACCUACAAGUCCAGGAGGUUCACGCAUACGGCGUCCACGUCCACUAAAUGCAGAUGCCAUGGAACGAAUCAGUCUGUUGACGACGAAUUAUCUGGCAGCCAUGAACCUGAAUAAAUUAUCACCACUUAGUCCAUAUGCUACAAGCGAUUUGGGAUCCAGUCCUCGAAGUCCGAUGAGUUUAGCACUGAGCAAUUUAAGUCCAUGUUGGGCUAAUUUCAGGGACAGCAAAAAAUCAAGCAUUGAAGGUGAUGGAGAUUCGGAUAUUUGCUCCAAGGAUCUUCUGUCACCUUGCAUGUAUUCUCCAGCACCGUUCAGUCCAUUUAGUGAUUGUACGGAACCACCGGAAACCCCGCUAUCUAUGUGUGGCACAGGUGCAUCGCCCGCUGUUUCACCACUACUUUCAAUGCAAUCUUUGCACUUCAACUUUGAUACAAUUCGAAGUUCCAGUUCACUCUCAGGUCGUGUUGAUGUUAACCGUCAUUUUCUGGUACCUGACUCAAACCUAGAUUUACAGUCUAGGGAAAGGAGUCGUUCAGAUGGUGAAGUGACAUCGAACGGAAACAAUGAAAAAAUGGACACAUCCGUUGGACAGUCUACCGUAUCGAUUCCAACAACAUCACGCCGUUUAUCAUCCACAUCAGGUCAAUACAAAAAACGAUUGCUACAAAAGUAUGAAAAGGAGCAAGAAGAUAAAAAGAUUCAGAAAUGCCAACCAAAUCAAUAUAUUCCUUUCACCAAUACUCUUUGUCCAACUGAUUCAAAGACAACAGAUAGUCUCAUAGAGGAAUUAGAAGAGUCAGAAAAAAAGAAUGCUACAUUGUUGUUAAGUAAAGAGGAGACAAAUGAUAAUGGCUUAUCGAAAUCAACCGUUGAAUCUCAACCAAAACAACCGUUGUUACCAGCUAAUGAACCAUUUGGAAGUCAACAGCAAUUUAAUAUUUGGAUGGAACAGCAACUUCUCACUUGGCGUAAUCAUUGGUAUCACAAUUCAAGUACAUUAUCAUCACUUCGUAGUCCUGUAGCAAUUGGUAUGGCGGGGGCGUGCCUGUUUGCACAACCUAAAGAUCAUAUGCCUCGUGGAAUGGCACGAAGCACAAAUUCGCCUGAAAUGGAAAGCAAUUUUGGACCAAUUAGAAAUGGAACAUUUUGGCGAAGAAGUCGUUCAGAAUCAGAUGUCACUUUUGGAAAUUACAUAUGUCAGCAUUGCGGACAAGCAUUUGGACUGCAUGAUAGGCUUGCGAAACAUAUCGCUUCACGUCACCGUGAUCGAUCAGCUUCGGUUGCUGGAAAAGAUGGCUCAUCGAAAGCCCAUAAAUGUAUGGUGUGUAACAAAUCAUUUGGUAGGAGCGAUAUGUUAACCAGACACAUGCGAUUGCACACUGGCAUUAAACCUUAUGGAUGUCAAGUCUGCGGUCAAGUAUUUUCAAGGAGUGACCAUUUGAGUACACAUCAACGAACCCAUACCGGAGAAAAACCGUAUCAGUGUCCUCAAUGCAUCUAUUCUGCCAGCCGGCGCGAUAUGAUAACACGUCAUAUGCGAACGCAUAUUCGUCCACCAGGAUCGCCUGAAUUUAAUCCUUUAGCAAUAAGCCAAUUGUCAUUGAACCAUUCAAAUAACCAGCUGAACCAAUCAGAUGCGAUAAUUAGCGAUACUGUAGGCCUAGGUCCGCCAUGUUUCUCUUCCAGUAGUUUAUCACCGGUUUCCUCGCAUCAAUUAACAAGAAAUCCGCUGAUGAUGUGUGCUGCGAAUGCUGUUGCUUCAGCUACUGCGAUCGCAGUGACUGCGAUUGCCGAUGACCGUCUACCCAAUAACGUUGGAGGACUUCCACUGUUACAAAAGUUGCCAGUUGCAGCAACUGCACCAAAUUUAAUCGGGUCAAACUUACGACAAAGUGCAUUUACAGCACAUGGUAAACUCGCGAUAUCGCUGUCGGCAACAACGACUUCGUUGCAGAAUUCACUGUCCAGCACUAACAGUUUACUCAGUUUACCUAGCAGUAAUUUGCAACAAGCGUCGCACUCGUCGCAAACAAGUCCAACCUUAUGCCGACAAACAAGUGUCGGUGGCUUUUCAUCCACCUGCUCAACCUGA